UCGGCACAAGCUGCACAGCUAAACGUUCUCCUUCCGUUUAAGAGAAGAUGGACAUUGCAAUUCAGCAUCCAUGGUUUCGACGUUCCCUCUUCCCGAAUUCUAUCUUCCCCUCCCGUAUCUUUGACCAGCACUUUGGGGAACACAUUGACCCUGACCCCUUCCUCAACUUCUCCUCCUUGGUGAACCCCUUCUACUGGAGGUCAGCAGCUCUGGCCAGGACACCGAGCUGGUUACAAUCUGGACUUUCAGAGCUGAGACUGGACAAGGAUAAAUUUGCAAUUCACCUUGAUGUCAAACAUUUCACCCCUGAAGAAAUUCGAGUCAAAAUUCUGGGUGAAUUUAUUGAAAUCCAAGCUCAACAUGAAGAACGUCAGGAUGAACAUGGCUACAUUUCUCGAGAAUUUCACCGCAAGUACAAGAUCCCAGCAGGAGUGGACCCAACUGUGAUCGCCUGCUCCCUGUCUGCAGAUGGAGUGCUCACCAUCACUGGGCCCAGGAAAGUGGCCGACGUUCCUGAGCGAUCUGUGCCCAUCUUCCGAGAGGAAAAGCCUGCAGUCGCUGGACCUCAGCAGAAGUAGAUCUUUGGCUCUUUUCUGUUAAGUUCAGCAUGAAACAACUUCAAGCCAUUAAAGUAUUUCCUUUCGCUUUGUGUAACAUUUUUGUAUUGCUAUAUAAUCACACAUUCCUUAAUAUCUGUUAGCUUGCAAUAAACAUUUAUCUUUACUGCCUUAGUUAAUCUUACCUUAAAAUAAA